AUGAUAAUCCCGGGAGAUCCAAGAGUUAUGAGUAGAUACGUUCUAGCAUGGCUGAAAAACGACAAGUCCAAAUACGUUAGGGUGAUUAGCAGGUAUAGGACAUGCGGCAAUUUCUUUACCAACAUUCAAGAAUUUAUAAAGAGGCCAUCCGAUACGUCUUAUUCCCAUGUUGCCAGGACGCCGCUGUUACUUAAUGUAUUGAGCCAGGAGACUGACGAGUAUAUCAACGUAGUUGACGUUGUUGGCGACGAAUAUUAUUCCCCAGGGGUUAGAGAAUUUACCGUUCAGAGUGAAAAAAUGGACGAGGUAAUAAUCGGAGAAGUACGAUACGGCAGGUACAUUAUCAACAGCAGAGUAGAGGAUCUCAUCUUCAGAAAGGUCACGCUGGAAGGCGGAUCAUACAAUCCUCGCAUAACAAUAACGUCACGCUACAAUGAUGGAAUGGAUAUUACAACUUCCUACAUUUACAUUAGCGGUGAAACAAACAAGUUUUAUCUUUGGGAAGAUAGGAGGAAAAUGAUCGCUCUGUUAGAAUGA